UAGAUUUCAUAAUUCUAAUCUGAAACAACCUUAACCAAAUAAACUGAAAAUGGCGCUACAAAUAAUCCACCAUUCUCCUUCUUCUUUCACCAGAAAACCCUAUCAUCUUCCCAAAACACCUCUCUAUUUCCCCUCUAAGCCAAAAUUCAUCAUCAAAUCGCAGAGCCCAUCGGAAUCGGAGAAGCCCAUUUCGAAAACUGUCGACGAUGCUGCAGUUGGGACCUCGUCUGCUCAAGGGUUCGGCUCGUUAUCGUCUCAAUCGACGACUUCAAGCAAAUCAAGUCCAAAGGCUACAACCUCUAAGGGAAAGCAGAAGGGUAAGCGGCAAAGGGCAUCGAUUAUUCGGCGCUCACCGGUGGAGAAACCGGUGUUUGUCGGAGAAGUAGAUGAAGAAGCAAUUAAGGAGCAGGGCAAGAAUGAGAGCUAUUUUCUUCUUACUUGGUUGGGUCUUGGUGCUGUAAUACUCGUCGAGGGGAUUGUGCUUGCGGCAUCUGGUUUCUUACCAGAGAAUUGGGAUAAGUUCUUCGUCAAAUAUUUGUAUCCAUCCUUUACCCCAACCGUCUCACUUUUUGUGGCUGGAACUGUUGCAUACGGAGUUUCGAAGUAUCUUCAGAAUGAGAAGCUUAAAGGUGAUAAAUCAUAAUUUAAUCUUUUGAUUGAUGUUCUGCAUUUGGUAUGGUGACCUGAAAAGUCUCAAGUGUCUAUUGAUUAUGUUUAUACUAAGUAUGUCAUUUGAGUGAAAAACCGAGGAUGAAUUUUGUUUUAGCUCAAAGGUAAAUGAGAUGCUAUUGUUGGAUCCUAAGAAACACCGUGCCAUCAAUUUAUUAGUUUCUCUGGGCUUUAACUAA